GCCGCUGUCUAGGGGCGAUGUUAAUGUGAGCUUGAUAUAUCCAUCAGUGUGCCCCGUAGAUAAAGUGUGGUGGAACAAGACUGCAAGGAGUUUCAGUAGACAGAGGUAGCAAGACACAUGAAUCAAGUUGUCUUUAUUUGAGGUCACAUGGACGAAGAGUACAUCAAAACGUGGGCAUACAGUGCCGCCUGACCAAGAAAGACAGCGUAACCGACCGCGGGUCACGCACAAGCGAUAAACGAGCGCACCUUCCUUUACCAUCCUAGCGAGUUUGUUGACACGGCACUAGAGAGGAAAGAUGGCGGCGCCCACAGCGGUAGAGCAAACGAUGACCAAACGGACAGAGACUUCGUUAAAACCCGUUUCCACAACCAGCCAAGCUGGCGAAUCUUUGUCGCCAGAUUCGUGGACAGGACAGGACUGUUUAGUGGAUUUCCUGGAGAAAGAGGUCGGCAACGACCUGAAAUCCCUGAAGAAUGUUGGCGACCUGCUGGAAAAGCUGAGAGAGGAAAACACCGUGCUGGAGGAACAGGUUCUGACUGUAUCCAGCUCUGUGCCUCCUAAAGUUUCUGCAGCUCUGUCUGCUGCUGAGGAGGCUCUAUGUUCCCUGGAGGACCUACUGCAGAGAGAGCGACUUACCUCCAACAUGCUGCACCAGCACCUACAGGGGGCCCAGCCUUGGAUGGAUAAUCUUGGCCAGACGCUUAACCAAGUCGACACUAUAGAGAGACACGUGAAAUACCUGCGGUGCCUUCAACAUAUAGAGGAACUCAGUGCUGCAGUCCAGCAGUGUCUGAUGACCAGCAGUGUCUGGGAGGCCAUAAGGGCAGUAGACAACAUGGCUGCACUGGACGCGGGACUAAACCAGUCGGGAUGUUCUCACCUCAAGGACUUCCUCCGAGAAACACUUCACUUCUGGCACAAGAUCAUCAAGGACCGACUGACCAGUGAUUUCGAGAAAGUAUUGACUCAACUUCACUGGCCGAUCAUCUCCCCCCCGACUCAGUCACUGACGCCUACUGCCAAUGCUCAGGAGAUCAACAGCCAGCUGGAGUUGCUCGUCACACAGCUGCUCGCCCUGCAGACCUCUGAUGACCUCAUAUCCCAGAGGGCUUUGGCCCCUUGUCAAGGUGUACCCUCUAUCCAGCCUGCUUCUUCAGCCACACUUCCGUCCCAAGCUCCCCCCCUCUGUCUGCCCAUCCAGAUCAUGCUGCUGCCACUCAGCAGGAGGUUCCGAUACCACUUCUACGGAAAUCGACAGACCAACUCCCUCAGCAAGCCAGAGUGGUACCUCACACAGGUUCUGAUGUGGAUGGGGAACAGCUCGACCUUCAUGGAGGAAAAGAUCCAACCUAUCCUGGACCGAGCUGGAGCCACCAUCAGUGCCAUGGUGGAGCUGUGUCGAGGCCUGCUGUCUCUAGUCCAGGAGAAGGUGGCCAGCGAUGCUUCUAGGCUGCUGUACGAUGACGUGCUCUUCUGUCACCUGGUGGAGGAGGUGCUACAAUUUGAGAAGGAGCUGCGAAGUAACCAGUCGUACCCAGCAGCGCUGCCUGGUCUGCUUCACCUUCUGCUUGAAGACGCAACCCUUCAGAAGUGGCUCACUGUGGAAAAGAAGAUGGCAGUGGAGAAGAUGGAUGCCAUGCUGUCGGCCGAGGGAGCUUGGAGCUCUCAGUACAAAGAUAUCAGUGAUAUGGACGAGCUGAAAGCUCCAGAUUGUGCUGAGACCUUCAUGACUCUUCUACAGGUCAUCACUGAGCGGUACCGGGCCUUGCCAUGUCCUUCUGCACAACUCAAGUUCUUGGAGCUACAGAGAGAACUGGUGGAUGACUUCCGCAUACGACUCACCCAGGUGAUGAAGGAGGAGUCCCGCUGCCCGCUGGGUGCCCGUUAUUGUGCCAUCCUUAAUGCUGUUAACUACAUUUCCACCAUCCUAGGAGACUGGGGAGACAAUGUGUUUUUCCUGCAGCUGCAGCAGGCAGCAGUUUCACUUGGCGAGGAAGUAGUACUGGGAGGCCUGGGGGUGUUGGAGGUUGGUCGCCUGGCUUCUCUGGAGGGCUCUCUAUUUGAAGGUCUGUUGGCGUUGCUGGAUCGACUGAAAGGAGACAUGCUGGGAAGACUGUUGGAAUGGACCAUGAGAGAAAUUGCAGAUAAAGCCAAACCAUACGGCCAGGACAGGUGGUUGUCCCUACCACCCCAGCAUGACCAGUCCACCAUGACCCUGUCCAGUUCAGCAUGUCCCAUGAUGCUAUGUGUGAGGGACAGAUUGUUAAACCUUCAUCAGGUCCUGAGUCUUUCUCUGUUCCAGCUGGCCUGGCAGGGCCUGGCAGAGAGACUCGACAACGUUCUCUACCAGGAUGUGAUCCUGUCUAACCAUUUCAGUGAAGGCGGGGCAGCUCAGCUUCAGUUCGACAUGACCAGAAACCUAUUUCCUCUGUUUGGUCACUACUGCAAAAGACCUGAGAAUUUCUUUAAGCAUGUUAAGGAGGCGUGCAUCAUCUUGUGUCUUAACGUGGGCUCUGCUAUUCUGCUGAAGAAUCUCCUUAAAGAGUCGGAGGACGAAGCGAGAGAUUGGGCAGGUGCAGGGGAUCCUCCACCAGAGUCUGCACUGAAUGAGUUGGGGGUUUACUGCCUGGCACCCUGUGAUGUGUUGAUUCUCCUCAACCUCCGAGCCUCCUGGCCUGGACACUAACGCUCCUACCUGGCAAUAUUCGCUGGUGGGGAGCGUGCGUCAGAUCGAGUGCUCUGCAAGUUUUUCUUAUGACAUUUUUAUCCUUAGCUUUAAUCUUCUUCUUUAACACAGGUAACAUUUGUUAAGUUAGGGCUGUUCAGAUAGUCUUCAGUAAGUUCAAACUAUUGCAUUGUCAUUGUAUAAACGUCUUAUUUUGUUGGACUAUUGUCUGGGAUCACCUCAUUGAUUGAAGUAUAUUACAACAAAGUAAAAAAAUAACAAU